ACCAGGUGGCGCCUCCUGCUGUGGAUUGACGCUGUUUGCGAGAAAGUGGAGGUGGAUCAGCUGCAGCUGACGCUGGUUUGUUGUUGCUUCUGUUGUGGCUGUACAGUGGCUCCAGAUCCAGGAUGCAGGACACUGAAUCCAGUGUCUCAUGUGGCCCUGCAGCUUCUCCUCAGAAUCCUCAGAGGCCGACUCAGAAUCACUCCCACUGGGAAGACGUGCGAAGGAAGGUCCACCCGGCCGGUCCAGGAGCUCCGGUCCAGCAGAGCAGCGUCAGGAUGGAGACGCAAGCAGGCGAGUUAACCAGAGAGCCGACACGUUCACACCGACAGCUUCCCUCCAGAUCCCACUUUAUGUCUUCAACUAGGACUGGAGGUCAUUUGUUUGGAGCUAAACUCUGCUGGGUUCUUUCUGUAGUCCAUCCUUUUAAUGAAGUGACAAAGUUCUUCACAAAAUGAAAUGGAACAAUCACAAAAUCAUUACAAUUAGAAAACCAGAUUAAAACUAUUUGAUUCAAUCUGGUUCAUUUUUGUUGACUCUUUUUAAAAUGCAGAAUAAAUAGAUUUCCAUGAAAUAUCACGAUGUUCAGCUUAGAAUUGGGUGAUUCUCCUGAUGGAACUGAACAUCACAGAUGACUAGACCAAGUCCCAUCAGAAGGUUGAAAAAUCCAACGGUUCCUUCUGAUUUUACAGCUUGUGACGCUGGUAAACGGUGUCUUUUUUUUCUAAAGGCAACAGCUGGUGUUUUUUUGGGCUUGAAAGAUUGAACCUAAAUGCUUUUCUCCAACAAACUGCUGAGCUGCUGCACAGUGAAAUCUCUGAGUGGAGCUCAGGAUGAAACCCUCAGAGCUGUUUUACAUAUGGUAGACACUUAGACGAAGCAGCAAAUGUGUUGGAAAGGAGUUCUGUUCUCAAAGAUGUUUUAGCAGACAGGACUUUUCUAACGGAUGAAGAACUUGUACAAGCCCUGGCAAAAAUGAUGGAAUCACCGGUCCUGGGGGAUGUUCAUUCCCUUGUUUGAUUUUGGAGAAACAAAAAAGCACAUCACAGACAUGCCACAAAACUAAAGUCAUUUAAAAUGGAAGCUUUCUGGCUUUAAGAAACACUAAAAGUAAUCAAGACGAAGAAAUUGCGGUGGUCAAUAACAACUGCUUUUCAGGUCAAACAGAGAAAAAAAUUGAUGGAAUCACUCAAUUCUGAGGAAAAAAAUGGAGUCAUGAAAAGCAAACAAACAGAAAAACACUCCAAGACACCACCAGCACUUUGUUGCGCCACCUCUGGCUUUUCUAACAGCUUGCGGUCUCUGAGGACUUAACGAGUGACUCUUCAGAACUCUUCAUCAAUGUGGCUCCAACUUUCUCCGGUUGCUGUUGCCAGAUCAGCUUUGCAGGUCGGAGCCUUGUCAUUGACCAUUUCCUUCAGUUUCCACCACAGAUUUUCAAUUGGAUUGAGAUCCGGACUAUCUGCAGGCCACGACAUUGACGUCAUGUGUCUUUCUUCAAGGACAGUUUUCACAGUUUUUGCUCUGUGACUCUAAGAUGCGUCAUCGUCUUGAAAAAUGUCUUCGUCGUCCCCAAACGUCCUUUCAAUCGAUGGAAUAAGAAAAGUGUCCAAAAUGUCAACGUAAACUUGUGCAUUUAUUGAAGACGUGAUGACAGCCGUCCCCCCAUUGCCUUUGCCUGACAUGCAGCCCCACAUCAUCAAUGACUGUGGGAAUCUGCAUGUUUUCUUCAGGCAGUCGUCUUCAUGAAUCUCAUUGGAACGGCACCAAACAAAAGUUCCAGCAUCGUCACUUUGCCCAAUGCACAUUCGCGAUUAAUCACCGGAUACGACUUCCAUCCAGUCGUCCACAGUCCGCCGUUGUUUUUCCUCAGCCCGUUGUAACCUUGUUUUGUUCCGUUUAGGUGUUAACGAUGGCUUUCGUUCUGCCUUUCCGUAUGUAAAUCCCAUUUCCUUUAGGCGCUUUCCUACAGUUCGGUCACAGACGACGACUCCAGUUUCCACCCAUUGGUUCCUCAUUUGUUUUGCUGCAUUUUCUGUUUUCAAGACACGUUGCUUUAGGUUUUCUGUCUUGACGCUUUGACGUCUUCCUGGGUCUGCCAGUAUGCUUGCCUUUUACAACCUUCCCACGGUCCAGAUUUUAGACACAGAUGACAACAAGCAGCAUCUUUUGCAACAUUCCGUGAUGAUUUACCUUCUUGAAGAAGUUUGACGAUCCUUUCCUUUGUUUCAACGGACAUCUCUGGUGUUGGAGCCGUGAUUCAUGUCGAUCCGCUUGGUGCAGCAGCUCUCCGAGGUGUGAGCGCUCCUUUUCGACCGCAGACUAAUGAGCACAUUAAAUCAGACGCAGGUGUUAGUUUUGGAUAGGGAAAUUUGCAGGGUGAUUCCAUCACUUGUUCCUCAGAACUGAGUGAUUCCAUCAUUUCCCCCUCUGCUUGAUCUGAAAAAGCAAUUGUUCUUGAUAACCACUAUUUUUUUUCUUUCUUUUUUCUUUGAGCGUUUCUUAAAGCCAGAAAGUUUCCAUUUUAAAUGACUGUAGUUUUGUGGCAUGUCUGCGCUGGAAAAAAUGCUGCUCUCAAAACAGGAAAAAAACCUUAUUUCAAGAAACUUUUAAGUUGAAAUAAGUGAAAAAAAUCUGCCAAUACAACAAGUGAAAUGUGGCUUGGUCAGAUUUCAUGAAAUAAGAUGUGAUAUUUACAAUCUUCAUAUCUCAAAAUUAGUUAUUAGUUAUUUUCAGCUACAUUUUACCGGCAUUGUCAAGCUUAGGUGUCUUAAAAUAAGCUAGAUAUGCUAAAAAAAAACAACAACCAGUUUUUCACUCAAAAAUAGAUUUUCGCUUUCAUGUAACCUCCUAAUUUGAGAUGUAUUAACCCUCUUCAUUUAUCCUUAAAAGUUUCCCUUUGAAAAAAAUCCGACCAAAUUUGGCAAGAAAAUUUUUGUAAAUAUUUUCCAAAAAUUAGUAAAACUCUUCCAAAAAAUCCUAAAAAUAUCUAAAAUGAUUACAUGUACACCAGUAGAACUUCUGAUAUUUUCUUUUAGAACAUUCACAGAAAAAUCAAGCAAAAUCCAGUGAAAUUCCCUUGAUUUUGGUUGAUUUUUAUGUGAAUGUUCUUAAAGAAAAUUUUGUAAUUAUUUUCUUUCCCACCAAUGUUCAAAAAUUCACCGAAAAUGUUGAAAAUGUGAACAUCUGUUGGGGAUUUUGAAUGGGGACGAAUUACAGCGAGGUUUUUAAAAAUGAUUGUUUGCUGUUCUCUCCCAUUUGUGACAUGAAGAAGGUGACUUGUGUGGCUUUGAAAUUGUGCUAAAAUGUCAAAAUGAGUGAUCAGGAGAAGAGUGUGACUUUUUGACAUUGUGUGUUUUUUUUAGCAUGUUCUUUAAAACUCAUAGACAGAUUAGCUUGUAUCUAUGAGUUUUAAAUCUUUUGGAGAUUGUUUUUUUUUUUUUUUUUUUUUUUUCUUUUAGUGUUCGGGUGAUCUCCUUAUGGAAUAGAAGAAAACCCAGUAUGUAAGUAUGAAGUACCUAUAGUCCAGAGGUAGUGGCAGCAGUUGGAGGAUGGGCGAGCAGGGUUUGAUCCCCUACCCUGGUGAAGCUUUUUCUUAAAUUUGGGCCAAAAAUCACCAAAAAUAGGGGAAAAAAUGUAAAAAAAAAAAACAAAAAAAAAAAAAAACAGGCUCUUUUCUUUCCCCCUUCUUCUACUCCCCUUCCCUCUUCAGGUCCAUGUCACCAUCGCUGUCUCUGUCACCUUGGUUUCCAGACUUUGGUUCCAGUUGUUGUUUAGCCAUUUGUGUUGCUCCUUGUUUGGUUCCAGUUGUCGUUUAGCCAUUUGUGUUGCUCCUUGUUUCUCCAGAGUUUGUUUCCAGUUGUCAUUUAGCCAUUUGUGUUACUCCUUGUCUCACUUUGGUUCCCAGAGUUUGGUUCCUGUUGUUGUUUAUCCUGCUUGUGUUCAGUCCUUGUAUUUGAACCAGCAACGCUCCGCAUCAGAGUCCACUACCAUACCGCUUGGCUAUUGUGGUCCGUACUGACUUUCAGCUUUAGUUUCAUUUUAUCAUGUAAAGCAUGGUACUGAACACGUCCAAAAAGGCUUUGAGUCGGGAUUCGAACUGCAGCGCUCCCGUAUGACGGCCACAGAACUUAUGUCUGCGCUACCUUUCACACAAGGUUUCUGGUAGAGUUUGCGUUAGUGAUCGUACCAAGAGGUUCUCAGUCAGCAAAAAGACGAAAAAAAUUAGCCCUGAGCUGAAUUUGAACCAAGAACCUUCACGUUUAAAGGCACAGAACUUACCACUGCACCAUCCUUCUUACCAGGUGUAGCCCAUGUAUUUGUUAAAUGAUACUAUAAAGAAGUAUUAAAGAGGUGAAAGUACAAACAGCGGAUCUGGAGGGGGAUUUGAACCACAGACCUUCAAUAUUAGAUGCACAUAACUUACCUCUGCACCACCUCUCUCACAAGGGCCAACUUCAAGACUUUUGUUGUAAUGAUGGUACCAAGAGGUUCUCAAGAAGCCAAAGAAUUAAAAGAGUUUUCAUGCUGGCUUUAAACCAUAAGCCUCCUGAGCAAGAAGCACAGAACUUAUCUGUGCACCAUCUGUCUUACAAAGCGUAGCUCUUAGUUUUUUUAAGUGAUGGUACAAAGAAGUAAUAAAGAGGACAAUGGACAAAUAAAAAAAGGUCCUGAGGAGGAUUUGAAUCAUAAGCCUUUGACAUGAGAGGCAUAAAAUUUGUCUGUGCAUCAACCAUCCCACAUGCUGAAGCCGUAACUAUGCUUAAAUGAUGGUACCAGUAAAGAGUGGAGCGGGCAAAGGCUAGACAAAAGGUCUGAAGGGAGAUUUCAACCACAAACCUUCAACAUGAGAGACACAAAGCUUAUGUCUGCACCAUCUUUCCCACAAAAAUUGUCUCUAACUUUGCUUAAAUAGUGGUGCCAAUUAAUAUUUGCGAGGACAAAGUACAAAUAAAUGCCCAUGGGGGGAUUUGAACCAUAUCCCGUCAACACGAGAGGCGCAAAGCUUACCUCUGCACCAACUUUCCCACAAGGUGCAUCAGUAACGACGCUUAAAUGAUGGUGCCAAUUAGUAUCGGCGAGGACAAGUCCAAAUGAAAGGGCCUCAUGGGUUUUUUCACCCUAAACCGCCAACAAAAGAGGCUGAAAACUGAUCUCUGCACCAUGAUCCGCACAAGGUCUCUGAGUUUGUUUUAAUGAUGGUACCAAGAGGUUCUCAAUAAGCCAAAAGGACCUUCAGCUGGAUUUAAAGCAAGAACUUCCUUUGCAAGAGGCACAGUACAUAUCUCUACACCAUCUUUCUUGCAAAGUUCAUGCUUGAGUUUCUUCUUGUGAUGGUACUAAGAGGUUUUCAUGAGGACAAAGUACAAAAGCUGGACUUGAACAGUGAACCUCCUGCAUAAGGAAACAUUAGACUUUCCUCUACCCCACAACAUCUUAUACUUGUUCCUGCUCUAGUUUCUUCCUAUCGUGGUGCCAGGAAGAUUAUAGAGGACAAACUGCAAAAUGUUUCGAAAGAUUGGUCUUGAACCAGAAACCUUCAAAAUGAAGAAGUUGUAGCAUCUCCACUAAAUCACCAACUCGACUGGUUGAGCACCUCAACGUAUCGUUGCCUUGGAGAGUCUGAUGGUCUGAAUCUUGUGUUUGUUUUGUUGCUUGACUUGAAAUGGAGAAGUAUUCACAAACAAGAAAGUUUGCUUGGAUUAGAUCCAGAGAUCUUUUGAGUAAAAGUCAGCUUGUUUAAGCUCCGGACUAUCGGAUCAAACCGUAACGGCUGAAUCUGGUGUCCAGUCUUUGUGGUCCAACCUCCACACCUGAGCAUCACGGUGAAGCUACGAUGGAGCUGCAUGAUUGAUAAGAUAAGAUAAGAUAAACUUUAUUCGUCCUGCUGGAGAUUUUUUUUGCUCCAGUACAAUACAAUCAAUAAAGGUCAGUGAAAUAUACACAAUUACACAGAGGUCAGUAGUAAAACAGAAAAAUAAACACAAGAAUACAAAGUACAAAAUGCAAAGUGUCUCAGUGUUUGUGUGAAGUGUCUUAGCUGAAGGAAUAGUGGCUAAAAAAUAAAUAAAAUAGAAAAUAAAAUAACACACUUCCAAAAUGUAAACUGUAGCAAGAACAAGAAACGGAUAAACAGGAAGUGAAGUGAACACAAAAGUAAACAGAUGUACAGAAAUAUUGCUCUUGAACAGUGGUAAUACAGAUAGUGAGACGAUCAAGGAAAAGUGUGAUGAUGCUGCACAUGGAAAUAAGUCCGUUGAUCAUGUAUCCCUCCUGCAGAAGAGGGAGGAAGCGUACAGUCUGAUUUCCACAGGUAGGAAAGACCUCCUGUGUGGUUCUGUGGUGCGUCUCAGUGGUCUCAGUGUGUGACUGAAGGAGCUCUGAUAGGACGUCAGCGUGGCAUGCAGGGGGUGAGAGGUGUUGUCCGUGAUGCUGAGCAGCUUCCUCAGCAUCUGACGUCUCCACCACAGACUCCAGCUCAACCCCCAGGACAGAGCCAGCUCUCCUGAUGAGACUGUUAAGUCUGUUAGUGUCGGCUGCCUUCAGCCUGCAAACUGCAGCGUGGAAGCGGACGCUGGAGACCACCGAGCGAUAAAACAUCUGCAGCAUGUUUCUGCACGCAUCCGACACGGUUGUUUAAGAACUGAGAAGCUCCUCACUGCAUCAGCUAGGGUUAAAGAAGUUGUUGCAGCUGAAACACAUUCAUCACUGCAGUAAUUAUCCAAUGGAAGGCUCUUACCUAUUUGCUGCAUUAAAUCCAGGCGGGGACUUUUUUUGGCCAGGCAGUCUGUCUGUCUAUCUGUCUAUCUAUCUAUCUAACAGUUCACUGGUAGUUUGCUACACUUGUGGAUCCAGCAGCAGCCUCCACAUGUAUUUAUGUUUUCUUCUAUUAUGAAUAAGGAAUGACUUUUGGAUCAAGAUGCAAACAGAGUCUGACAAACUACAAAUGCAACUGAUGUCCUCUGGAAACAAGUGCAGAGCCGCUGACAUACUGGACCACCCACAACACUGUUUACCCAAACCUGUGUAAUGUAGCCAAACAUUUCCUGUGUACCCCAGCCUCAUCUGUGCCGUGUGAACGGGUUUUUUUCCAAGUCUGGGGAAAUAGUCUGUAAAAGAAGAAACCGCUCGCGUCGAAGAACAGUGGAUAAACUGUUUCUUAAUAAAAACUGAUGACCAGUUCCAUAAGCACACCCUCUUUACCAAUAAACCCCAAGACGUACUACCAAAAUCUAUCAAAUAAUCUGUAUUUUUGUGUCGACUGCACUUGAUUUUAUUGACCACUAGAUGUCCUACUGGAGCUCUGUGUGUCAUUGAAGCCUCCAGUAAUGAAGCAUGUUUUGAAUAAAGUGUGUAAGCUUCAGCAAAGCCUCAAUCAGUCAUCACUACAAAAAGACAGCAGAAGCUGUGUCCAGUGAAUGAGCAGCAGAGUCCUGUUGAGGUUGUGAAGAGAAGUAAAAAGCUUACAGCACCUGGUAUUCCCAGGUGGUCUCCCAUCCAAGUACUAACCAGGCCCUCAGGAACAAACCACAGUUUUAUAGAUGUUGUGACAAGACGUGCUGUUUUUUUCUUCUACUUUGUAGAGCGUCUUCAACCUGGAAUAAACACUUAAAUUGAAUGAACGCGUCAUUUUCAGGAGCCUGUAUGUGUGACUUUGUUGUCCAUGAUGUGAUAUGAGCUGAUUUAUUGUCUCCAGCAGCGUUUCCAUUACCCUUAGCUAUGCGCAAAAUGUAAAUAGCGCAAUACAAAACUGGUAAUGGAAACACCUGAAUUUCGAAAAAGGACUAAAAUAUCGCUAAAAGGCUUUUACGCUCUCAUGAGGCUGUUUUUCAGACGUUUCGAUAUUGAAAAAUAUCGCAAAAGCGCAAUGGAAACACUUUUUCCGGAAUUAUACGUCACCGGACGUGACGUACCUGGUCACAUGACCAGUUCUCUCGGAGUAAACAUGGCGCGGUACGUGUGGACAGAAGAGGAGACCGAGACGUUUCUUGCCAUUAUUCUUGAGAAAAACAUCACUGCCAUACUAGACAGCAAACAGCAGAGGAAUGCAGAGUGUUAUAAGGAGAUAGAAACAGGUUUUGGGCGUCCAUCUUCCUGCAGUGAAAUCUCGCGGGAUGAUAUUUUACGAGAGCUACGAUGCUUCUGCCCAGAACAACCUUCAAUGGUAACACGUUCAAAGCGCAAAUAUACUUUGUCGAAAUUUUAGAAAUAUCGCUUUUAUUUUGCGAAAAACUGUAAUAGAAACCCAACAUGUUCCUGUGUCUCAAACGUUUUCAUGUUGGGCUCAAGGUGAAGCUACAAUCAAUAACUUGUUGUGUAACGGCGGCUCUUCACUGCCGUGGUGGACGAAGUGUGUGAGUCUGUUCAGAGCUUCAAGUCACGUUCACAUGGACAUCAGGACUCAGAUGAUGGAGAUGAUGGACAUGUAGAAAAGGUCCCACAGUUCAUGACACUAUCAUUUAUGGCUGUACCAGCCUGAAUACGCCUGAUCUUGGAAGCUAAGCACUUUGGUGGAGGUUAGUAUGUGGAUGGGAGACUGACUGGGAAUACCAGGGGCUGUAAACUUCUCACAACCUCAACAGGACGCUGCUGCUCAUUCACUGGACACAGCUGUCAACUAAAACUUCUUAUACACUCUAUGAGGUGGAUAAGCUGCAGCUGAUGCUGAUUUCUUGUUGGUUCUGGUUGGAGCCAAAGAACAAAAGUGCCACCUGCUGGAUCAGCUGAUGUCCUGCAGCCUCUUCACCACACAAAGGCUCUGACAGAUUUAAUUCUUUACUCUCUGACUGCACACACCAAUCACAUAGGGACAUAUACAUGUAUGGAACAAAGAGCUGAGCUGACAAUCAACAUGUGUUUGAGGAUUUAUUGAUAAAGACAUUUAAAAGUGUCUUUCAAAAAACAGUAAACUCCUCCUGCAGACGUGGAGGCAGAAUCAGUUCACUCGUUGGCUUUAAAAGCCCAGAGAGGUUUUAGUUUCCAGCUGUCUCCAGUGACAGCUAAAGGUGUCGCCUCACUUCUGGUCUCUGCUCUGGGUCUCCUGAUCCUCACACAGAGAGCUCCAAGAGUCCUCACACUGAUCCAUGCUGUCGAACUCACAUCAGCUCACACACACUUUCUACCUUCACCUGAAGAUGAAACACAUCAUUCAGCGCACAUCCACCGAAAUCCUCCUGGAAGAACAUCAGCUGCUCCUCCACUCAUCGAGCGGACAGCAGUGAGGUUGAGGAAGUCGCAUCAACUACUGUACUUCUGUCUGUCCAGCAGAUGGAGUCAUGGAGCUGCAGUGAAGUGACUUCGAUCCACUGAUACACUCAUUCAGUUUGACUUACACUGAUGUUUUAUUGACUUCCAAUCACUAAACCAAUCAGUCAUUAUGUUAUUAUUUUACUGGUCACUUGAGAUCAAACUGUGCUGAAUGUGGCCCCUGAACUAAAAUGAGUUUGAGACCUCCACUUUACAGGAUAAAGACGUGCCGAUAACAGAUUCUAUUGGCUUUAAAUAUUGAUUUAAACCAGAGACUGACGCCUUGUGGCUCUUGUCUUUAUGAGAUUUGCAGUAGGUCUAAUCAUCGGUGUGAAGGAUAUUUCAUACAUUUGUUAGCUCCCAAAAUCCUUUAACACCAUCAAGCAUUUGAAAGAAUAAAACUGUUUUAAACACUAUUAGAAUGUCAGAUUGAAUGUGAGAUGACUGGAUUCUGUUCACUCAUUCAGCCCAGUUCAAACAGGGAAAAGAGAGGAAACUUUUGAUGUUUAAUGCUUAGUUAGACUGGACUACCGUAUGAUAGGACUUUCUCCAAAAACGGAUCGUGUUAUUUCAUCCACGAACUAAACACUAAAAAGCACAUGAAGAGAAGCUCUGAGUGUGAAGGAACUGUCGUGCAGAACUGAUUCGAUGAAGCACUUUUCUGCAUCACAAUUUGGGGUUUACCUCCUACCAUAUUCUCUCUUAGAGUACCACAAACUGUACAUUAUUGUGUCUAUUUCAGCUAACGGAUCAUUCGUAUUUAUCACACAGAAUAUUCAAUCAAUGACAUUAAUUUCACUUUAAUUUGAACAAAAAACUAACAUUUGUCAAUUUGUAUUCCUGAGUCAUUGAGUGACUGAUGGGUAUUAUCAAUCAAUAACAAGUUCAUAUAAAUAGCUUUCUUAUGUAUUAAUGUGCAACGUUUAUGAACUUCAUGUCACACAAUGGGGAAAGUUUAAACUCUUGGUGGCAUUUUGGCACUUUAGAAGGUUAAAUAGAGACAGUUGUAGCCGACUGUAAGGUUUCUGCAAGAUAUCUCUGUCAACGUUGGAGCACUGUGGUGAAAAUGUAAAAGAUGACAAUGAAAACACCCAAAGGAAAGACUGAAAAGCAGAAACCCCCAAGUGUUGCUAUUCUAUUUGUACUUUAUAAUUCAUCCUUUGACAUCUCAGUCAGUUGUUUGUUUUCUAUUCUGUACUGGCUGCUUUACAGACAGCAUUGACUUGGCUUAAUUUGUUGUCCGUCACUGCACUGACUAAACCCUUAUUUUACUUUACUUACUUUAGAUCCAGAUGUGUUAGCUAACUAUAGACCGAUAUCCAACCUACCAUUUCUCUCUAAAAUUCUGGAAAGAACAGUUGCAAAUCAAUUGUGUGAACACCUACAAAGGAAUAAUUUGUUUGAAAUGUUUCAGUCAGGCUUCAGAGUGCAUCAUAGCACAGAAACAGCUCUAGUGAAAGUUACUAAUGACCUUCUCAUAGCAUCAGAUAAUGGACUAGUCUCUAUACUUGUUUUGUUAGAUCUUAGUGCAGCGUUUGACACAAUCGACCACAAAAUUUUAUUACAGCGUCUAGAAUAUUCAAUUGGCAUUAAAGGGACAGCACUGGAUUGGUUUAAAUCCUACUUAUCAGAUAGGUUCCAGUUUGUGCAUGUCAACAAUAACUCUUCUGAGCAGACUAAAGUUAAUCACGGAGUUCCUCAGGGUUCUGUCUUAGGACCGAUACUUUUCACAUUAUACAUGCUUCCUUUAGGCAAUAUUAUUAGGAAGCAUUGUAUUAACUUCCAUUGUUAUGCAGAUGACACACAAUUGUAUUUAUCUAUGAAGCCAGAUGAAACUGAUCAGUUAGCUAGACUGCAAGAUUGUCUUAAGGACAUUAAAACCUGGAUGACUUUUAACUUCCUACUGCUAAAUUCAGACAAAACUGAAGUCAUUGUAUUUGGCCCCAAACAUCUUAGAAACUCGCUUUCAAAGCAAAUAGUUACUCUGGAUGGCAUCACAUUGGCCUCCAGUACUACUGUGAGGAAUCUUGGAGUUAUUUUUGACCAGGACAUGUCCUUUAACUCACACAUAAAGCAAGUCUGUAGGACUUCCUUUUUUCACCUGCGUAAUAUUGUAAAAAUCAGGAACAUUCUGUCUCAGAGUGAUGCAGAAAAAUUAGUUCAUGCUUUUGUUACUUCCAGGCUUGACUAUUGCAAUUCCUUAUUAUCGGGUUGUCCAAAUAGCUCUCUCAAACAUCUACAGUUGAUCCAAAACGCUGCUGCGAGAGUACUGACAGGAGUUAGCAAAAGAGAUCAUAUUUCCCCUAUACUUGCUUCUCUUCACUGGCUUCCUGUUAAAUCCAGAAUAGAAUUUAAAAUCCUUCUUCUGACAUAUAAAGCUCUUAAUAACCAAUCUCCAUCAUAUCUUAAAGAUCUGAUAGUACCUUAUUAUCCUAGUAGAACUCUUCGCUCUCAAACUGCAGGCUUACUUGUUGUUCCUAGAAUUUCUAAAAGUAGAAUGGGAGGCAGAGCCUUCAGUUAUCAGGCGCCUCUCCUGUGGAACCUGCUCCCAGUUUGGGUUCGGGAGGCAGACACCCUCUCUAUUUUUAAGACCAGGCUUAAAGCGUUCCUUUUUGACAAAUCUUAUAGUUGGGGCUGACUGGGUGACCCACAGAGGUCCGGCUUGUGUCUUCAUUGUACAGCUGACUCCUUCUUGGACGUCCCUUCGUUCUGCCCCUAGUCAUGCUGCUAUAGGCCUAGGCUGCUGGGGGACUUUUCUUGACGCACUGAGCCCUUCUCUAUCUACCUUUACAUUUAAUAUGUAUACCGUUAUUGCAGUACAUUCACUCUGUUUCCCCCUGUGCUAUUUCUCCGAGUGUCCCUGGUCCCAGAGCUGGAUGCUUCAGAUCUGCGGUCGAUGUUCCACCAGCUGGUCCAGUCUCCACCAUGUCCACUGUGGGAUGCUGCUACUGACCUUCCACCAGCCCUCUGCUUCCAAUUCCCUUUUUCCACGAGUCAACUCUGCAUCGCCUUCAAUAUACUGUUAUGCUAACUUACAUACUGUUUGAAUUUUACUGCUAGCUAUAUAAGGAGUAUGUUUAAUGUCAGAGCCGUACAUCAUAAGAGUAAACUAUGAGUCAGUUUUCAAUGUUAGCUUAUACUUUGUCUGUGUCACAUAUCCUGUCAUGCAUGUAUUCAAAUGUGUGUUGUGUUUUCCUUGCUUUCUCACCCCUCCCUCUUCUCCCAUCCCUCCCCCUUGCCCUCUUCUGUCCUUCUCAACCCGCCCGGCCAGCAGGCAGAUGGGUCCCCCCUAUUUAGAGCCGGGUUCUGCUCGAGGUUUCUUCCCUGUUAAAAGGGUGUUUUUCCUUGCCACUGUCGCCUUUGGGCUUGCUCUGGGGGUCAGGCAUAUGGGUUCUGUAAAGCGUCUUGAGACGAUUUGACUGUAAUUGACGCUAUAUAAAUAAAAUUGAAUUGAAUUGAAUUGAAAUUAUUUUGAAGGCUUGGUACCGUACUUACACGUUCAAAGUGAUACGGUGUGGAGAUUUAAAAAAACAUUAUUAGCUGAAGUCAACAAGACUAAUCUUAGAGUGGCUGAAGGUUACAGCAGCAAUAAAACCAUCAGGUGUUCAAUGGAACUUCUGUAGAUGUGAUCAAAGUUCAACAAAGAGUCAUUUAGUUCUGGUUGGAAACACUGUACAACCACAUAUUCAGCAUUCACAUAAUUAAAAGAUAAUUGCAGAGCAUUUUUCAAAAACACACCACAGAUAUAUAUAUAUAAAAAUAUACAAUUCAGUCACUGAUACACACAUUGAUGAACUGACAAGAUUAUUUCUAUGGCACUGUCAUAGAAAACAUGUUUAUUAUUAUCAUCACUUUAAUAAAAACAUUUAGUAAGAUUUCCUAUUUCGCUUAUUAACUCAUUUCAAUGUCUGGCCAAUUUGGGAUUCAGAAAAUGAGAGGAGGUUUGAGGCAUAUUAAAUCUGACCACAGGAGCUUUUGAAAGCUAAAAUCAGUGGAAGCUCGACAGAAAAUUGGAGCAGACAGUGAGUUUGUUAAUUAUUGUCUGAAAAGCCAACUUAUAUUGAUUAUACUGACGUUGAUUGAAUGUUGUAAAGCAACAAAAGGAGAACACUUCCACAGAGGGUGGAGACCUUUGUAGACAUUAUAUCUGUGGUUAAAGGUGUUUUGUUACGUGAUUGAGACCUUUGAAUCUGGUUGUAACCACACUGUAAAAAAAUACAUCCAAUAAAACAACCGUAAAAAUCAGGCAGCAAAGGUGCCAGAAAAAAAAUAUGAAUAAUCAGUGAAAUAAUGUAAGGUUCAAAAACUGAAAUAAAUUAUCAGUAUAACUAAACAGGGGAAACCAGUAGAGUCACAGUAAAUUGUUGAUAAAAUAUUACAGUUAAGCCUGUUAAAAACCAUCAAUGUUUUACAGUAACAGGUGUUUUUACAAUGUGACAGGUGACCACAGACAGCUGACUGGGUCUAACUGGUUUAUAUCGACUCACUUCCCUGAAAGCUGCUGCUCAGAUGAGAAAAUGGCUCAGAAAGGAGCUCAACUUUCUUUAGAGAAUAUUUCUUGUUCCAUCUGUCUGGAUCCACUGAAGGAUCCGGUGACUCUUUCCUGUGGACACAGCUACUGCAUGGUCUGUAUUAAAGCCCACUGGGAUGGAGAGGACCAGAGCAGAAUCUACAGCUGCCCUCAGUGCAGGAAGACCUUCACACCGAGGCCUAACCUGGAGAAAAACGUCCUGUUGGCAGAGUUAGUGGAGCAGCUGAAGAAGACCGGACUCCAAGCUGCUGCUGCUGAUCACUGCUAUGCUGGAGCUGAAGAUGUGUCCUGUGAUUUCUGCACUGGGAGGAAGAUGAAGGCUGUCAAGUCCUGUUUAGUCUGUCUGGCCUCCUACUGUAGGAAUCACCUUCAGCCUCACUAUGUGUCUCCAGCGUUUAAGAAGCACCAUCUGGUGGAACCCUCCAAGAACCUCCAGAACAUCUGCCCUUGUCAUGACAGGGUGAUGGAGAUUUUCUGUCGUACUGAUCAAGAGUUGGUCUGCCAUCUCUGCUCUGUAGACGAACAUGAAGGUCACGACACGGUUUCAGCUGCAGUAGUAAGGACCGAGAGGAAGCUUCAGAUGAGUCGACUAAACAUCCAGCAGAGAAUCCAGAGAAGAAAGGAAGAUGUGAAGCUGCUCCAACAGCAGGUGAAGAACAUCAACGUCUCUGCUGAUAAAACAGUGGAGGACAAUGAGAAAAUGUUCACAGAGAUGAUCCAACUCAUCCAGAAAAGAAGCCGAGAUGUGGAGCAGCAGAUCAGAUCCAUGCAGGAGACUGAAGUGAGUCGAGUCAAAGAGCUUCAGGAGAAGCUGAAGCAGGAGAUCACUGAUCUGAAGAGGAAAGAUGCUGAGCUGAAGCAGAUCUUAGAUACACGAGAUAACGACCAGUUUCUCCUCAACUACCCCUCAGAGUCAGAAGUCGGUGAGUCCACACACCCAUCCAGCAUCAACACCAGCAUUCAAGAGGACUUUAAGGACAUGACAGCAGCUGUGAAAAAGCUCAGAGAUCAUCUACAGGAUGUUUUGAGGGGCACUUGCACAAACACCUCACCGACAGUCCCUCAACCAGAUGUUCUUCUGCCACAACCAGAACCAGAACUAAAGACCAGAGCUGAACUCUUACAAUAUUUACGACAAAUCACUCUGGAUCCAAACACAGCACACAAAUGUCUGUUAUUAUCUGAAGGAAACAGUAAAGUAGCAGUAAUGGAUCAACGUCAGUCUUAUCCUGAUCAUCCGGACAGAUUCACAGACUGUUAUCAGGUCCUGAGCAGAGAGAGUCUGACUGGACGUUGUUACUGGGAGGUGGAGUGGAGAGGAGGAUUCAUAGCAGCAGUUUCAUACAAGAAUAUCAGCAGAACUGGGAGCUUGAAUGACUGUGACUUUGGGUACAAUGACAAAUCUUGGUCUGUCCAAUGUGACACCAACAGUUAUUCAUUUUGCUACAACAACAGCAGAACCUUCAUCUCAGGUCCUCCUUCCUCCAGAGUUGGAGUUUAUCUGGAUCACAGUGCAGGUAUUCUGUCUUUCUACAGCGUCUCUGAAACCGUGACUCUCCUCCACAGAGUCCAGACCACAUUCAGUCAGCCGCUACAUGCUGGAGUUCGACUUUACAUUCGUGGCUCCACUGCAAAGUUCAUCGAUUAUUGUAAACUGUAAAACACAAACAGCCUAAACAGUCGUCAAUUGUAAUUAUAUGAACCAUUUAGUGUUAUUUUCGAGACUUCCACUGAUUUAAAAUUUAAAGAUAUUCACAAUAAAAUCAAAUCUGUAAAUAGCAUCAAUAUCAAAAAUCUCCAAUGUUGGUUACAAAAAAGGAAAACACGAAUUCACAAAUAAAUACGACAAGAUUUGUAUUUAGCAUGAAGAGUACUUCAUCCAUGUGUUUCCUAGAAAAAUCUGUAUUUGCAGAACCGUUUAAUUAGUUUCACUGUAUUUCAUUCAGCUAAAAACAUCAUUAUUUUACAGAUAUUUGCCAUGACUUGACAGAACAAUUAUGUAUAUUCAGGAUCAUUUUAUGUGAUAUUGUCUUCUUAUUGCUCAGUAAAUUAUUGUUUGUGAAAGUUCAAUUUUAUUAUUUGAUAUCCCUGUCAAAUGUUGUCAUCGCCAUCUCCUGUUUGUUGUCUGUAAUAUAUUGUAGAGUCUGAACCAUUUCAUUUAAAUGACUCCAGUCAACUUACACAAAAAGUAAUAUAGUACAUAACUGCAAUAAACACAACUGUAAGUAUACAUAAGAUUUCACUACACAAUCAAAUCUGCACUUACAAUCAACAACAAACACAUUAAAGCAAAGAGGAAACUCACUUGUGAAGCCUUGUAGGAAAACACCGACCGAAAAAAUUUAGAUAAAAACGAUCUACUGGACUCAUUUCAGUGAAAUAUUUAGUCAAACUCACUUUAUUACAAACAUAAACGCAGAAUUUCCCAUGUGGAAUUUCAAAAAAUGGCGCCUGCAGGUUGGACUUUUGACUGACACCUCCGUCACCCAAUAGGAGUGGCUCCGGCCGACAGUAGCCAAUCAAUCAGUGUUGUAAAGAAGUGCCCGCCCCCCAUUACUAAACAUUUACGAACCAAUUGGAAUCGAGUCUGCUUAAGAAUGACGUGUCUGUCAGCCAAUGACAUGCUCCGAUCGCGACUGGUUUAGAGAGCAGCGACCCUGAUGGAUAUUUCACAAAUAACAUGCAAAAGUGUAAAAAUAAGUGAAAAUAUUAAUUGCUUUUACGUCAAUACAAAUAUUUUUUUAUUCUAAUACGUAUAAAUGAGCGUCCAAAUGUUUUUUCUGGAAAACACUUGAGAAAAAAGUAAAAUAUUAUAUAUAUUUUUUAAUGUUCUGAAAUGGUGGAAGAGUCAGCACCAUGGCUGAGUAAUUCCGUUAUCAAUAAUCCGAAUAACGUGCAUAUAAUGCAGAUUAGUUUACAUGUCUACUGUAAAAAAGAAAAGCAAAUAAAUAAAUACACAAAAUUAAUUAAUUAAAAAUGGGGUGGGAGGCCAAAACAGUACAUAUUGUUCACAACUAAAUUUCCACUUCACUGUAUUCAAAUCUGAAAUAAAACAUUCUUUUAGGAUUUUUGAUGUUAUUGUCAGUUUCUACAGUUUCUGAACAACAUGAUGUUCUCACAUAUUCAACCAGUUUUCUGUUGUACUGGAUAGAAAACUUGCACCUUCUUAUGAGUCCAGUAACAUUUCAAACUGGGAUGUGUCAGUGAACAGAGCAUGUUGACUGGUUUUAUUAUCACAUUAGAGAUCUGCUGGAAGGCAGCUGAAGGACUCACUGCAGCCUGAAAGGAGGCUCUGUCGCCGGGCAGAAGCACAUCACAGACCAUCUGAAGACAAAAAGGAAACUCUUUUUAAUUUCCACUGCGUAGGAGGAAACAACCAGGCCUUGUUGGUGCCGCUUGAUGGUAAAAUUCUUCCUCUUCUUGUGGCUGGAGGCCGAAUGUGGAGCAGAGAUUCUGGCUGAUUGGCAGGUGACCAUUGAAACACAGCUGAAAAAGCUUCCUGUCCACACAAAGCCUGCCAAGGAUGGAGGUAAAUGUCAGGACACCUGGAAAAAUGGUGUUUUUGUUCGACCGGAGGAGGUUGGAGAGUCGCCCCAGAAAGGUCUGAAGCAUUAUUCCCAGCAGAGGACGGAGGUUUAUCACCUCUGGACCCUGAGAACAAUGUCUGACUUAAAGACUUUUGUAAUUAUUCAUAUUCAUAAUGUGAUUCAAUUCUCAGUCUAUUAUCACAGAAACAUUAGCUAAAGAAACUUGCUGUCACUUGCUAAAUAUAAACAACAAAUUUUGACAGUGUUUUUGUUACAUUUAUAGAUUUUUCUAAAAUCUAUCAUUCAUACUAUAUUACUAUAUAAAAUAUUCUUUUGUAUGUUGACAA